AGCCAAGGCUCUACAGGAAUCAGGAGAAAUAACUCGGACUUCUUGUUUCGAAGUAGUCAGCCGGGAAGAUGCUGAUAUUUGUUGGACUCUGGUUACAUCCGCACAGACAAUUACUUUAAACGAAGGGACACCAUUGGAGGUAUGUGAGGCAUUAGACCUGUGUGGCCCGUCCAUGGCUGACAUUAAUCCAGAGCCGGUAAAUGUUGCCGAAGGUAUAGGUAGAUUUGUCACACACCUGGUGGUAUCUUUCAUCUCGUGGGUAACUGCUACCACGGCGAACAUUGCUUCACCUGCAUCAGUUUUGAUAUCUGGCCGAAAGAAGCGUGAUAUUUCCUCUGCUGCAGGAAACAUGGCUCAGGUCUAUAGAGAGGAAUAUGAUGAGAUGAAGAAGGUGAAUCCAACCGUCAAACCAACCAAUAACCCUCCUGAUCCAAUAAUUGCAACCAAGGAACCAUCCAUUUCAAAAGUAAUGUGUGAGCUGUGCCGACUGAAAAAUUCGCCCGACUUUUCGGGCCAAAUAGUGAAUGGCGAUGACUGGGACAGUCAGCUGAUGAAGAUGUGUCACUCACUUCCACAAAACUUCAUCGACCAGCGAGAGUGCAUGUCGAUACUGAGAUCAUGGCCCCAACUCCAAGCCGAGAUAUGUCCGUACUGUUCAAACAUCAGACGUUGGUUUAGGCCUGUUUAGCGGCUAUUACGAGAAUGCCUCGGGAUUUGAGAUCACUUAACUUCCCUUUGGGAUAGGAUUUACUAUAUUUUGAUUAAAUCCAAAUCUGUGAUUUUGCUUCUGUAAUAAUUUUCAUUCCUUACUCCGUAAAACUAAACAAAUGUUUAUAAAUGUCAUAACUUUUUUUUAUUUUACGGCCGAAUUUCAUGAUAAAUUAAGUGGCGUGAUCGUUUGAACUUUCUCUAUUUGUUUAAAGGGGGUACUCCGGGCUGAAAAUAAUUAUAAAUACAUAAAAAGAGUAAAAAUUUACGGAGCAAAACACUAAAAAUUUCAUCAAAAAUCUGAUGACAAAAAAAGCAGUGUUGUAGUGCCUUGAUACUCGGCCUUGGCCUACAGGCGCCUUAUAAGGCCUACUUUUUCAAAGCCUUGGCCUUGAAAAUUCAAGUCAUAGCCUUGAGAGGGCCUUGGCCUUGAUGAUUUUGAGCCUUGAAAUUUCAAGGCAUUUUGUAUUUUGUACUUUCAUUUGUUUUUAUAAGUAAUUAGAAAUGUUUCAAUUGUUCUGUAUAUUUAAUGACCCUAAUGGUCAAUACUUACCAGUCAGCAGUAGCAGUAGCAGCAGCAGUAGUAAGUGUAUAGCAGUGCCAUAAAUUGUAAUUAUCACCAUUAUCAAGAAUUAUCAUCACAUAUGUAACAGAAAAAACCAGCAGUGAUGGAAAAUAACAUUGUUUAUAGGUAAUGUGUUGUUAUCAUGACUAAUGAUGAUAAUGACAAUACUGAUAACAAUGAUAAUAAUGAUUAUGAUAAACAUUACAAUGAUUUGAUGGCAGGAAUAAUUCUGACAGAUCUGACAACAAUUUUCAUACUUUAAAAAUAGCUAAGUCUAAAGAAUGAUAACGAGGUUGAUUUCUAUUCCAUUAGGAUUUUCCUUGUAUUAUUUUCUUUGGCCAACAAGAAUGUUUUAAGUCUCAAUUAUAUUCCGAAAAGAUUUGGUAAACUUGAACACAUUAUUCUAUUGAAAGCGAUUGAAGCGAACAAGCGAGCAAACUUUUUCACCCUCUUACUAUAAGAAAAGCUAAUUUUGUGAUAGAUUGUGACAAUUUUUAAAGAAAAUAAUAUCACAUUUA